CUGGUGGACAUCUUAAGUUCAUGUAGACACGUGCCUGCCACUACUGUCCCAGAGUUCUUUGCAUUCGCGUUUCAUUGGAACCGAACAGUGACUGGACGAGGCAAGCUAACGCCAAAAAAGCUAACUAGUGUGCUAAGUAGGCUAACAGCAUGGAAGGACUGGAUGAGGUCACAGUGUCGGUUUUAAAGGCUGCAAACAUCAGCGAGGGAAUGAUGGGCACCCUGUCUCGUGAAGACUUGCAGGAUCUUUUCCCAGGCCCAGAGAACUUUUUACGGAGAAAAGCUGUCUGGCGUGCCUGUCAGGAUGUACUGGAGGAAUCUGGCCAAGAUGACUCAAAAUCUUCAACCAGCUCCUCCAUUAAUGAGUCACCCAAGCAACAGACAUCCACUACUGUAAAUGCAACUGCUGCAAAAUGCACAAGCCCUGAAAAGGUUGUGAAGUUAUUCUAUCCAGAAUAUGUAUUGCACACUGAGCUUGAGCAAGUCCGCCAACAAUACUUUGAGUUGUCAAAGAAAGGUGAAGAGCGCAGCUGCAAAAUGUCAAAGGAGCUCAGAUGUCGGCUCAUCCGAAACACCAUGACUAGUAUGAUUGCAAUCCUGAGGGCAAAAGGGGAUGGAGAAUCGCAUAGAUACCCAUCAAAACCAGAAAUUACAGCAAUGGCAAAGAGAAUAGUGCAGUACUACCCUAUGCUACAGGACCAAGGCAUCAAGAAUACAUGGGUUACUGUGUACACACAGCUAAACAAAAGACUGCAAAAUGUGAGAUCCCCACAAAAAGCCACUCCAGAUGGGAGACAUUCAAAGAGCUCUGCCAAGAGGCGACGUCUUGAUCAGCCAAGUGACGUAGAAGAAAUGGAUUCAAGUGACUCAACAAUCAUUCUGGAUCUGUCCACAGAAGGGAGGAGCAGCCCAGAGUCGGCCAGUAAAACAAGUGAGUUAGAAGGGAUUGACGACACUAAGGAAGCACUUGGAGGAGAGACGGGCACUCACUAUCACACACGGAAGGAGGGACGCACUAUCACCAUUGUUGCACCGUGA